CACUCAGCUACCCAAGAUGGCGGCAGCCCCAUCCAUCCAGCCGCCGAGCGUUCACUCUUCUCUAGCCGGGGAGAGCGCACUUUCCCCAGAGAUGGACAGCCCCGAGAGCCGGCAGCCGGAGGAUGAGGAAGCGGCAGCAGCGGCGGCGGCAGCGGCGGCGGGAACUCAGCCCUCCGACUCGGGGAUUAGUCUCCGGGACCUGCCGGACCUGGAGCCGGAGGAGAUCGAGAGGAGGCUGGCCAAAACUCGUCAGGAGCUGAGCAACAGGAGGAAAAUCCUCAUUAAGAACCUUCCGCCUGACACCACUAACCAGGAAGUUCAUGAAAUUCUGAAAGAAUAUGAACUCAAGUAUUGCUUUGUGGACCGCAACAAAGGCACAGCCUUUGUGACUUUGCUGAACGGGGACCAGGCUCAGGAUGCCAUCCGCUCCCUCCAUCACAGCACUGUCCGUGGACGCCUGAUCAACGUCACCCUGCAGCCCACCGACUCCCUGCUCUGCCUCACCAACCUGCCGCACACCUUUACCGCACAACAGUUUGAGGAGCUGGUACGCGCCUAUGGAAACAUCGAGCGCUCCUUCCUGGUGUACAGUGAGCUGACGGGGCACUCCAAAGGAUACGGGUUUGUAGAGUACAUGAAGAAGGACUCUGCUUCACGGGCCCGGUCUGAGCUGCUCGGCCGACCAUUGGGCGAUCGCUCAUUGAUGGUGCAGUGGAUGGACGUCAACCAGCUGAGCCAAGAGGAGAACCUUCACUCCAAGUGUCUGUGUAUCAACCGGCUGCCUCUGGACCUCUGCGACUCUGAAGAACUGGCCCAGCUCUUCUCUGAAACCUACAAACCAGUCUUCUGCCAGCUGGCUCAGGAUGAGGGCAGCCCGGUCCGAGGCUUCGCUGUGGUGGAGUAUGAGAGUGCGGAGCAAGCGGAGGCCGUCUUGAUAGAGAUGGACAGAACGCUGGUGGGAGGACAGGAGGUCCGUCUGUCGCUCUGCACCCCUGGGACCUCAGGGAGAAGCACCCUGGCUGCACUUAUCGCCGCCCAGGGUAUGAUUCUGAGUAAUAGGAAAGGAUUGCUUCCAGAACCCAAUCUGGCCCAGCUGUUGACCAGUAUGACCAACCCCGCAGCCUUGCAGAUCCUCAUGAGACCGUACCAUACAGGGAAAAGAGGAGGGAAGUACGGGCGUCACGGCAGCCUGCCGUUCCUCAGACCUCCUCUCACCACAGCUCUGCUCACGCUGGGGAAAGCACACCAGAGCGCUAUGCUCGGUAAUGGGCUUGUCCUGCAGAACCUCCUGCAUAUGCAGCUCGCCCAGCAGCAGCUUCUACACAUCAAAGACAAACGCAUCAGCAGCGUCUCCAGUCUGCUCGGGGACCCGUCCAGGCUGCUGAUGCAGAAAGCUCUGUCUCUGCGGCCUCCAGGCCUUGUGCCACUAGGGAAGGGUCUUCUGGGAGACUCGCCUACAGAGCUGGGCCCGGAGUCAGUGCCAUCGUCCACCCACAAUGCCGCAGUUGUUGUAUCAGCAGCAGGUGUGAUGCCAUUCCUCCACGGUCGAGCCGGUGGAGCCGAACAAAACAGCGGCCAUUCAUUCUCCACAACUCCAUCUGCCACCUCCUCCUCUUCCUCCUCUUCUUCCACCUCCACCGUCUGUGACAGGCAGCCAGCGCCUCCUGGGACCUUGGUGAGCACCCAUCUACAGGGACAGAGCUUCUCCUUGGGAAUAAGUAACUCAGGCCUUGGCCCACCUCCGCCUAACCCUGCUGGAGGAGUUUAUACAUCUGGGAAGCACAACGGCUCAGAUGGAUGCCCACUGCCUAACAUGGUAAACAGUGGUCAGAGCUCCUUGUUGGGCGACCCUCCAAAAGAAGUCAGACUGCCCUCCAAUCCUUACUUGAACCUGGCCAGUGUGAUGCCAGGGGUUGUUCUGCAAGGGUCAGUGGGGAGUAAAGCCCAGGGUGCACAGCCUGGCACCGGGGUGUAUGGCAGCUCAGUUGCCCCUGUCGUCUCCCAAGGCUCUGCCUCCUUCUCCCACAGCGGGACAGCUACAACCACGGCUCCGUACACCACUGAUACCUCCACAGACUACAGCCAAUACAACCAGGCCUACACACAGGAGGCCAUGCAGCAGUGGUACCAGCACUACCAAGCAGCACAAGCUCACACCUACAGCAAUGCUGCUCCACAGGACAACACCGCCACAGACUACAGCAAGGAGCACCCACAGGCUCCACCGGUGUCGACCUAUGGGGAUUACAACUCCUACAUGCAGGCGGUCACUCAGUACUACUCACAACCUGCAACAGCCAACCAGGCGUACGCCACCAAGGAGGUGGAUGUGUGUAAACCUCUCGGUGUGUCUCUGCACACGGUCAGUAAUGGUGCUGCCCCUCCACCGGCUGUCCUUCCAGCUGCUGCCGUGCUCCCAGCCUACAGCACCCUGCCUUUAAUGCCCGGCUUCCUCGGGGCGCCACACCCAGCAGGAGCCACGCCAAACCCAGUCACGCACCCACACACUGCGGCCACUGACUGGAACACGUACUACUACAACCAGACAAGGGGCCAUAAGAGGGAGUACCCUCAGCUGGCGGUGCAGGAAGUGGCAUCAUCAGACGGUGCCUACAUCGGGCAGCACUCCCAGGGCCUUGGAGGGCAGUACGCCGACUACUUCAAGAGGAAGAGGCUCUAGUAGGAACCAAACCACUUUAAAGCUUCAAAUGCUUGUAGAGGGAGGGACACGGAGCAUCUGUGGGUGUCACAGCUCCCUCUAGUGGCCUUUCUGUAGAGGCCAUUUUGCAUCCCUACAGUAGGUAAUGAGUUUAGGAGAGUUUGGGGUGCAAAUGGCUCAAGUGAAAGUAAGCCAUAGUGCUCUUUGUUUCUGGCACUUAUUCACACUUACACAAACACGGUGUUGCUUUUGUCCUGUUCAAGCCUUAACUCUUAAACUGUUGUUUCUCAGUGUGUCUACUGUAUUUACCUUAUCUUACCUUGUACAUUUUUUCUAAUAUCGUGUAAACUAAAAUAUUCAGUACUUGUACGUAUAAAGCUGCUUUUGUAUUUGCAGCCAGGCGGCCUGUCUAACUGCUCGUCUGCCUGCCUGCCGGAUCUGUCUUACGGCCUGUCUCACAGUCAGGUCUGCCUCCUUUUUUAAAGACAAAACGUCUCUUUUGUUGUUGCUUUUAUUAGUCAGUCGAACUGACAUCUGUUUGUUCUCGCUUCACCGUCUUUUCUCUUUUCCUUUUAUCGCCCAGGUUCCUCUUUUGUAUCUCCCCUGCGGAGAAUUAUAGAGCGCGUGUUUGUGUUUUAAUGCGUGUUUAUAUGCUUUUUCUGUAGGAAGUGUCAGCCAUUUCAAUCCCAAGGUUUGGGAGCACAUCAGGAAAACAAAAAAAGGGCCUGAACCAGUCAAAGCCCUUUAUUUGUGGUGGCUAACAAUAGCUUCCCUUAAUGAAUGGACCUUUGUGAGAGAGAGAAUAACAGGCUGGUGUAAAUACAGUGUCUAAUACCGAAUAUAUAAAGCCAUGCGUAACAGACAAUAUCAUAUUUAAUGGACGUUUCAAAGCUCUAAUACGAGCUUAUUGUUCUACAUGAAUGAAAGGAAAACAUUUACUUAGUGUCUGAUUUUUUGUCAAUCUAACCUGUUAUAUAUUUGUAAUAUAAUAUAAUAAUAAUAAUAAUAAUAUUCCAAGGCAAUUCAAGACAUUUAUAUAUAUUGAAGCAGAUUGUGUUGACUUAAAUGUAUUUUUCUGCUUUGGUUUUUAACAUUGAAGCCAAAUACUUGGGGCACAGUGCUUUCUCUUCUCUUUUUCCUUUGAUUUCAACACUCAAGAGUGUUUUUGAAGAUCUUUCAUAGGAGCUUUACUUCCAUUUUCAGCAGCCAUUAGAGCAAAAAGGAUUCAGUGUGUAACUGUGUCCUGACCUCAUACCAUGUAAGAACAAGCACUUAGGGCUGUCAUGAUACCAGAGAUUUAAACAUGAAUACAGCACUAUAAAAACUGAACUAUAAUGAAAUGUUUCAACAGCAUAGCAAAAAGGUAGAAGUCCUGCACAUACAAACUGUGCCAUUUCUUGUUUUCAAAUACUGGAAAUUGUGUAAAAACUUAAGCAUAUUGUCUUAAUUGCACUAAUACAUUGGCAGAAUUUCAGUACAGAAAUGUUUCCAGUGUAUUUCCACAGUUCAUAUGGUGUGCUUGAGUUUUCUCUCUCUGUAAGAGACAGAAAUGUGUCUCUAUGAAGCGCCAGUUUAGUUGAGUCGAUAGAGCAGGAGCCCAUAUACAGAGGCAAAAGUCAAGUGGGGCUUUUCCACCAUGAUUUUUGGCCUUACUGAGCCAAACCAAGCUGUGCUGAUUUGCUUUUCCAUCACCAGUUUGGGUGCACUAGGCCACGGUGAUAAUGGUGAUGAUCUGGGGCCCAAGUAAGCCAGACCCACCUCCAAGUGCACCGUGCUGACGUCAAAGCGGUUUGCAGGUUGCAAUUUGCUUAGAGGUAUUUCCCCUUUCUGCUUCUGAUAUUCCCCCUACUGUUGACAAAUUUUCAUCCCGGGGGAAAUCUUACUGUUAAAAGUUUAACCUUUUACACUUCUGAUAGACAAACAAGUCCUAGAUUUUAUUUUAUUUUUUUAUAAAAGUGAGAGUGGAGAGUGGAGCAAGAUGGUUAAUCAAAUCGUAGGUCAGGAAAAGUAAAACAGUAAGUAAGUGCACUUCAUCUAUUUAGCACAGUCAAAGGUCACAAAGUGCUUUACAUCAACAACAGGAAGAUACGUAAGGAAGGGAAGCACAAGGACCACGUUAUAAAAAUAAGCAUUAACCCUUUGAUGCCUGAUAACUCAAAUAAUUGCCAGAAAAUUCUAACUUUUUUAAACUGACAUGUUUAUUUAACCUUCUACCGAAAUCCCCCCCCCCCCAAAAAAAAAUU